AUUUAAUAAAAUAUCAACAUUCAAAAGUAUAACCAUUUACAUUUUCGACAGUAUUUUUUCAUAUUCAGAUAUAUUUUCUACUUUUUAGAGUUUAAAACUGAUUUUGGACCAGCUACUACAUAGUUAGUUACUAAUAUUAUCCGAGAUACAAGAACAUAUCAUGUUUUUUUGGUUAAACAAAAUGGUGAAGAACACUUUCAACAACUCUACCAAAUCUGACUUGGGCGAGAUAUUCAAGCCGAUGUACAUCCUCCUAUCCAUCGUGGGCCUCUUCCCUUACAGUAUAACUUUCAACAAAUCCAAAAAGCAGUUCACUACGGAGCCCAACUCUUUGUACUUCAAUCUGCUGCCGGCGGUGACUGGCGCUACGACUAGCUGCGUGUUCUUCUGCCUGCAUCUUCACCACGUGUCGCAGGCGGGGCUGGAGAGCAACCUGUCGGAGGCGGUGGUGACCACCACCAACUACUGCACGGAGCUGGUGCUGUCUCUGCUGUGCUGCGUGGUGCCUUACUGCUGCAGCGUGCGGCGCCGGCAUGCCCCCGCCGCCAUGCUGAACCGCGUGGCCGCCGCGUGGGCUGCCGCGCCCUUCCACCUCGCCUCCACCAUACUACCACAACUCCAGCACAACAUCAACAUCUCCGUCGCGGCCGUCGUCCUCCACCUGAUCGUACACACUGUGAUAAUCGGAGCCCUGAACACGGACUUGUGGAAGAAGGUCUUGCUGAUAUUCUCUUUCAAUUUCCCCCAUUUCAUUCAGUGCGUUUUUGUGGCGUACUUAAACGUUAUGGCGCUGCUGAUAGUGUCGGUGCUGCAAAACAUCCGGGAGACUGUGGCGGUGCAUGCCAAGGAGAGUGCGGCCCUGGGGCUCCGCAAGGCAAUGUCGGCGCCGCUCAACGUGCGUCAUCUAGAGGAGACCUACUCCGAGGCGCACCGCGCGCUGGCCGAACUCAACCGCUGCUACCAGGGCCCCAUCCUCUUCACUCUGCUGCAGUGUUUCCAUUCAAUUCUCAGUAAUUCGCACAUUAUCUACUACGGUAUUAUGAUGCAGAAGGAUUUUAAUGUUCUCGAUGGAAUAGACUGCGGCGUGUGGAUCGUGUGGCAGAUAUUGAAAAUUUAUGUGUUAGGGCGCGCUGGGAGAUGGCUGGAUAUCGAGUCUCGGCGCAUCGGAGAGGCUCUGCAUGACCUCCCUGUGGACAAGCUGGAGUCCCGGACUUUACUAGAGAUACAACACUUUUCCACUCAAAUAGGGUUUAAAAAAAUGAUUUUGACGGUCUACGGAUACUUCCCCGUUGACUCUACGUUGCUCUUUAACAUGGUGACAGCGGCCAUGAUGUAUCUUCUCAUAUUGGUACAAUUUGACAUUCCGGAGAACAAUCCUAGCCAGGAAUUACACGGUACACCGUAGCGUGUAUGGCCUACUUAGGAAAUCAUGCGAAGCUAUAAGAAAAAUCUCGAGUAUUUUAGCAAACGUAUACCAUUUUCUGAUAUUUAUUUAUUGUUAUAUAAUAUAAAUAAAAUAAAUUAAAUGUUACAAUAAGAUAGAGGUAGGUAGUAAGUACUCGCAAUAAAGUAAAACCAAAACUAAUUUCUCGAAACCCAUAUUUAUUUUCGUGCAUCAAGCAGUUGAAGCAGUAACAAGAGUCGGUAUAAAACCCUUACUUCAUUCAAACGAGACCCGAGCCCCAGCAGUGGAGGCGUGAUGGGUUGUGACGAUGAUGUUGUAUUUACAAGGUGGCAUUAUUGUAUGAAGAGCUGAAGUUGGCACCGGCAGGCGCGGCGCUGGCGGCGAGGUUCUGUCGGAUGAUCACCAGAUCGAACUGAACUAUCACUAUCAGGUACGACAUUAUUGCUGCAAUUAUCUGAAACGAAAAGAGUAAAAAUUAUCAAGUCAAAAUUCACUGCGUGCUUAGAAGCGCGUCAACUGUCUGAAACCGCUCAAGCGCGAAUGUGUUAUGUUAGUUUGACAUGGUACAUACCAAAUUGUAUACUUGCUUAAGAAACUAAAAUAGAAAGAUAGAUAGAAUACACUUUAUUUGUACACCAAAACAGAAUAAUAAAAUUAACAAAAUUAAUUAGGGUACAAAAGGCGGUCUUAUCACUAAAAGCGAUCUCUGCCAGACAAUCUUUAUCUAACUGUACUAGGCAAGAGAAAAAGAAUCUUACGUUAAAAAGAACAUUGGAUCUUAACGGAAAAUAUCCAAAUAUCGAUAUCCUCAUUUUUCUGCAGCUCAUGUCCUUGGCAAAGUGUUGAAUCUAAAAUAAAACAAAGCACGUAUAAGUAAUUACGAAAUUAAUAAAAAUGUAAAAUUGUUGAGUUAAGUGUGCGCUUAUAGGUACGAAUCCAUUUAGCAAAAGUAUAUCAUUAAUAACAAAGGUCAUAUUUCAUAUUUCCCCAAAUUUGGAAAGAGUUAACGGAAAACAGACGAUCUCGCAAUAUGAAGUGUCGAUGGCUUACAAUCAACGUUAUUAUUGUAAGCAACAUGUAGUGUUAUAGCUAGCCCACCUACAUCCUACCUCUGUCUAUUCUGUAUUGUAUGGUAUCAACUACUUAAUUACCUGUAGUAAAACAAAAAGACCAUUCGUGUUAGUGGGUAUUCUGUGUAGAGCUCGUCCAAGGUUAAUGCUCUAAAAACAAAAAACAUAAUUAUUAUAAGU